AUGACGUGGAAAUUUCGUCGAAAUCUAUUUCGUCAAUCGAACCAAAAUUGUGAAAUCACAACAUUGAAAAUUUCAAAUAUGUUCACGGAGAAAGAUCUAAUUGAGAUCAAACAGUGUCUUCGUCAAUAUAAUUAUGCCAAUCUGUUAUCAUUUAACUUUAUUCAAGCCUUGAUAGAAACAACCAUCACAUACGGUUCCAGCAACACUCUAAAAAACACUGAAGCUAGAGCCUUUUCAUGA